UGCACCGUUCCACCAACCCACCUCCAUAACCACCAAAAUAAAUAUAAAUUCUGAACCCUUUACAGCAAUUAGCCCACCACUGACUACUCGGGUUCAUUAAUUUGGGAGAUCAGAAGCGAGAAAGAGAGAAAAUGAAGAGCGGAAGAAAGGUGAGUGUGGUUUUAGCGGUGGUGGCGGUGUGUUUAUUAGGAAGGGUGGUACCGGGACGAGCACAGGAGGAUGAUUUGAAAGAGGAGUGCAGCAAUGACUUCGAGAAAGUGGUGAGUUGUUUCGCGUACGCGACGGGGAAAGCGGCGGCGCCGACGGAGGAAUGUUGUGAUUCGAUUGAAGGUAUAAAAGAAAGUAAGCCAAAGUGCUUGUGUUUCUUCAUACAACAGACUCAUAAUGGGAAUCAGCAGAUCAAGAGCUUAGGGAUUCAAGAGAUUAAGCUUUUACAGCUUCCUUCUGUUUGUCACUUGAAAAACUCCAGUGUUAGCUAUUGCCCAAAGCUUCUCGGGUUACCGGCGAAUUCACCGGAUGCUGCUAUUUUUAGCAAUUCGACCUCACCGGCGACACCGGCGUCUGCAACGACGACGAGGACAAGUCCCGACGGAAAUGCUGGAAGUAAGACAGUAGCCAAUUCUCCAGUUGGUUUGAUGGUGGUGGCGAUGGUCGUCGUAAUCUCAUUUACGGCAUUUCUUUCGCCGAUCACUUACGCCUGAGAAGCAUAAGAGGAAAAACUGUAAUUUUCUUUUCCAAUCUGGUAGUUUUUUUUGGUUGAAUAUGAAUUGGGAUAAACUGGAAGUUGGAGUUUUUACAUUCUUACUUUGGUUAUUUGGUGUUUUGUUCAUAUUUUAGGACAAAAAUGUUGUUAGGUUUUUUCUCAAGACACUGUUGGGUUUUGUUUAAUUUGCAUUUCAUUUCUAAAUUUCUGAAGAAUAUGGAGAGAUCAGAAAGCUCGCUCUUACAUAAA